GUUUCAGUUAAUUUUAUUUAUUCAUUAGUUUCAGUUCAUUUUAUUUAUUUAUUAGUUUCAGUUAAUUUUAUUUAUUUUAGUUUCUGUUAAUUUUAUUAAAGUUUAUGUGACACACAGAAUGAAAAUAAUACACAUAACGAUGUAUUUUCUGCUGGGGUGCCAGUUUAUCAUUGUUCUCGUGAUGGCGUCAACACCUGCUGCCAUCCGACUAAAUACGAUGGUUGUUAACGGGAAUCCUAAUCAGCGAUUCGUUAACGAACACUCGAACCGAUCCGGCGGCGUUGGCGGCGACCUAGAGUUUCUUGAUUACAUAAAUCCGAAGGAAAAACGUAAAAAUAUAAUCGAAUCGUCCUGGAAUGAAGAAAUGAAUCCUGAACAACGAUCAAUUUCGAUGACCCUGGAGCGACUGCUAAUUGAGAGGCAAAACGCGAAUAGUUCGUUUGAUUAUCAGGGGAAAAAGCAGGAAAUCACGACGACAACGACGACGACGACAGUCGAUACCAACUACAGAAAGACUGAUGAUCGUCGUUCGAGAUUCUUCGUUAACCAGAUGCUCGAACGCGAAAGGAAUGAGGAACGACCCUUGACGUCUUCUCUCGACGAGAGAAGCGUCACUGAAAAUAGAAAAGAGCUUCUUCACUCUGAAGCUCUGUCCUUGAAAAAGAGAGCAACCGGAAAUUCUACUCCAGAGAGUUCCAGUAGAAAGGAGACGACGGAAAUACUCAAUCGGAAGAUUGACGUUCGAUCGCACAGCACUCCUGAUCUUCAAGAUAAAGAAACAAUGAGUCAAAAAAACAUCAAGGAAAAUAGACAACAAACAAACGAUUUGUUCGAAUUGCAUCAACAAACGACAAACUCAAAGCCAAUUCGCACUCAACAUUUACAAAGUUCAAGGGAAGAAAAUAGUAGUAACGGUCCACCGGAAGCUCUGCCCCUUUAUCGAUCUAAUUCACGACGACAACAAUCUAAACAUUUACUGACUCCAUUAUCAGUGAAAAGGAGAAAAUCACGUUUCUCGAGACAAAAUUCAGCGGCAAUUGCCUAUCAAAGAGGACUACUGAGAUCAUUACAAAUUGACGAUCAUUCAACUAAAAUACCAUCAUUCUUUGUUCCCAAUCAUCAACGACAAUUGAAUUUUAAUUCAAAUCCAAUUAAUCACAUCAGAGAGGGAAGUCACAUUGAUUCUGUGAUAGAGGAAAAUUUCCAAAAAAUACCAAACAAACAAGUUGCAUUUAUUCCACCGAAAAUAAUUUAUGAGACACGAAUAUUACCAGCGCCAUUUAUGACUGAUGAUCAAGGGCAAAAAAAAAAUUAUGGUGAAUUUUCCAAUUUUUUCACACAAUUUCCAGAAUUGGGGAGAGAUUUUGAUUUUGUGAAUUCUGAUGGUCAGCAGAGUACACUGAGUUCGAUAAAAGAUGAGAUUCCAGUUACUGAAAAAUCACCCGAAAUGGAGAGUUCAUUUACAACUGGACCAUCAUUCCAAGUCUCAUUACCGUCUAUCGCUAACGAAAUUAGCAAUCAUAGAUAUGAAGCAGCGUUGCCGAUUAUCAAAAGUGUUCCUUUGAAUCACAAGUUGCACAAUGAAAAUGUAGACGAAACGGAAGGUACUCCAGCUCAAUUAGAGUAUACCGGGGUUACAUCGGAGUUUAGUCAAAAGGAAUAUAUACACAAUUCCAACAGUGGAAACACCUAUCCAGGAGUGAACGCCGGCAAGUACAAUUUCGGUUAUAGAGUGAGUGACCACGAGACAGGAAAUGACUUUGGGCAUGAGGAGCAACGGGACGGCGAUUUAACCCGAGGACGAUACCACGUGUUGCUUCCUGACGGAAGAAUACAAAACGUCAAGUAUCACGUUGAUAAUCAAGGAUAUCACGCCAAAGUAUCCUAUCAUUACGAUCAUUGAUAAACACUCUUCCGUUGAUUACAAGAAAAAAAAAAUUAUUCACUACCGGUUUUUAUUUUUUUAUGCAAAUUAUGCCUUUACUUCCGGUAAAAAUAUUCGAAAAUAAAAAUUAAAUUCACACCAAAAGAGGAAACAAGAAAAAAAUAGUGAAGACGAAAUUUAAAUUAAAUAUUAAUUAGAAAAAAAUAUUCACUAUCGAUUUUUUUAUGAAAAUAAACCUCUACUUCCGGUGAAAAUAUUCCCAAAAAAAGGAAAAAAGAGUAAAUACGAAAAUUAAAUUGAAUAAUAACAAAGAAAAAAGUUAUUCACUAUCAGGGAGUCGAUUACGAAAUUUUAU